AUGGCUACUCACUCAAGAUUUUUAUACGUGCUUCUUCUUCUUUCAUGCAUUGUUUUUGCAUUGAUUGCGGAGAGUUCUGGAGAUAAUGUGGAGAAUAAAAACGAGGAUGAUGGUUGUUCUUCGUGGAAUUGGCGUGGAUGCGGCAGUUUUUAUAGACAACCUUCCAAAACAUAUGGUGCUGGAUAUGGUGGUGAAAGGUAUGGCCAUGGAGAAAGGUAUGGAGCUGGUAUGAAUGGUUAUGGUGGUGGCUAUGGUGGUGGUGGUGGCGGCGGAGAAGGUGGUGGUGCCAAUGGAGGAUCAGGUCAUGGAAGUGGAUCCGGCGCGGGUGCUGGUGUUGGAGUUGGUGGAGCAGCAGGUGGAGGUGGUGGCGGCGGAGGUGGAGAAGGUGGUGGUUCCAAUGGAGGAUCAGGUCGUGGAAGUGGAUCCGGCGUAGGUGCUGGUGUUGGUGGAGCAGCAGGUGGAGCAGGAGGAGGUGGAGGCGGCGGGGGUGGAGAAGGUGGUGGUUCCAAUGGAGGAUCAGGUCAUGGAAGCGGAUCUGGCGCGGGUGCUGGUGUCGGAGUUAGUAAAGCAGGGGGUGGAGCAGGAGGAGGUGGAGGAGGCGGGGGCGGAGAAGGCGGUGGUGCAAAUGGAGGAUCGGGUCAUGGAAGCGGAUCCGGAGCGGGUGCUGGUGUUGGAGUUGGUGGAGCAGGAGGAGGAGGAGGUGGAGGAGGCGGUGGCGGUGAAGGUGGUGGUGCCAAUGGAGGAUCAGGUCAUGGAAGCGGAUCCGGCGCUGGUGCUGGUGUCGGAGUUGGUGGAAUAUCGGGUGGAGCAGGAGGAGGUGGAGGAGGCGGGGGUGGAGAAGGUGUUGGUGCCAAUGGAGGAUCGGGUCAUGGAAGCGGAUCCGGUGCGGGUGCUGGUGGCGGAGUUGGUGGAGCAGGAGGAGGUGGAGGGGGUGGGGGCGGAGAAGGUGGUGGUACCAAUGGAGGAGGUGGAGGUGGUGGUGGAGGGGGUGGAGGAGGUGGUGGCGGAGAAGGUGGUGGAGGUGGAGGUGGUGGUGGAGGGGGUGGAGGAGGUGGUGGCGGAGAAGGUGGUGGUGCCAAUGGAGGAUCUGGUCACGGAAGUGGAUCCGGUGCUGGUACUGGUGUUGGAGCAGGAGGUGGAGGUGGUGGUGGAGGGGGUGGAGGAGGUGGUGGCGGAGAAGGUGGUGGUGCCAAUGGAGGUUCUGGUCACGGAAGUGGAUCCGGUGCUGGUACUGGUGUUGGAGCAGGAGGUGGAGGUGGUGGUGGAGGGGGUGGAGGAGGUGGUGGCGGAGAAGGUGGUGGUGCCAAUGGAGGUUCUGGUCACGGAAGUGGAUCCGGUGCUGGUACUGGUGUUGGAGCAGGAGGUGGAGGUGGUGGUGGAGGGGGUGGAGGAGGUGGUGGCGGAGAAGGUGGUGGUGCCAAUGGAGGUUCUGGUCACGGAAGUGGAUCCGGUGCUGGUACUGGUGUUGGAGCAGGAGGUGGAGGUGGUGGUGGAGGGGGUGGAGGAGGUGGUGGCGGAGAAGGUGGUGGUGCCAAUGGAGGUUCUGGUCACGGAAGUGGAUCCGGUGCUGGUACUGGUGUUGGAGCAGGAGGUGGAGGUGGUGGUGGAGGGGGUGGAGGAGGUGGUGGCGGAGAAGGUGGUGGUGCCAAUGGAGGUUCUGGUCACGGAAGUGGAUCCGGUGCUGGUACUGGUGUUGGAGCAGGAGGUGGAGGUGGUGGUGGAGGGGGUGGAGGAGGUGGUGGCGGAGAAGGUGGUGGUGCCAAUGGAGGUUCUGGUCACGGAAGUGGAUCCGGUGCUGGUACUGGUGUUGGAGCAGGAGGUGGAGGUGGUGGUGGAGGGGGUGGAGGAGGUGGUGGCGGAGAAGGUGGUGGUGCCAAUGGAGGUUCUGGUCACGGAAGUGGAUCCGGUGCUGGUACUGGUGUUGGAGCAGGAGGUGGAGGUGGUGGUGGAGGGGGUGGAGGAGGUGGUGGCGGAGAAGGUGGUGGUGCCAAUGGAGGUUCUGGUCACGGAAGUGGAUCCGGUGCUGGUACUGGUGUUGGAGCAGGAGGUGGAGGUGGUGGUGGAGGGGGUGGAGGAGGUGGUGGCGGAGAAGGUGGUGGUGCCAAUGGAGGUUCUGGUCACGGAAGUGGAUCCGGUGCUGGUACUGGUGUUGGAGCAGGAGGUGGAGGUGGUGGUGGAGGGGGUGGAGGAGGUGGUGGCGGAGAAGGUGGUGGUGCCAAUGGAGGUUCUGGUCACGGAAGUGGAUCCGGUGCUGGUACUGGUGUUGGAGCAGGAGGUGGAGGUGGUGGUGGAGGGGGUGGAGGAGGUGGUGGCGGAGAAGGUGGUGGUGCCAAUGGAGGUUCUGGUCACGGAAGUGGAUCCGGUGCUGGUACUGGUGUUGGAGCAGGAGGUGGAGGUGGUGGUGGAGGGGGUGGAGGAGGUGGUGGCGGAGAAGGUGGUGGUGCCAAUGGAGGUUCUGGUCACGGAAGUGGAUCCGGUGCUGGUACUGGUGUUGGAGCAGGAGGUGGAGGUGGUGGUGGAGGGGGUGGAGGAGGUGGUGGCGGAGAAGGUGGUGGUGCCAAUGGAGGUUCUGGUCACGGAAGUGGAUCCGGUGCUGGUACUGGUGUUGGAGCAGGAGGUGGAGGUGGUGGUGGAGGGGGUGGAGGAGGUGGUGGCGGAGAAGGUGGUGGUGCCAAUGGAGGUUCUGGUCACGGAAGUGGAUCCGGUGCUGGUACUGGUGUUGGAGCAGGAGGUGGAGGUGGUGGUGGAGGGGGUGGAGGAGGUGGUGGCGGAGAAGGUGGUGGUGCCAAUGGAGGUUCUGGUCACGGAAGUGGAUCCGGUGCUGGUACUGGUGUUGGAGCAGGAGGUGGAGGUGGUGGUGGAGGGGGUGGAGGAGGUGGUGGCGGAGAAGGUGGUGGUGCCAAUGGAGGUUCUGGUCACGGAAGUGGAUCCGGUGCUGGUACUGGUGUUGGAGCAGGAGGUGGAGGUGGUGGUGGAGGGGGUGGAGGAGGUGGUGGCGGAGAAGGUGGUGGUGCCAAUGGAGGUUCUGGUCACGGAAGUGGAUCCGGUGCUGGUACUGGUGUUGGAGCAGGAGGUGGAGGUGGUGGUGGAGGGGGUGGAGGAGGUGGUGGCGGAGAAGGUGGUGGUGCCAAUGGAGGUUCUGGUCACGGAAGUGGAUCCGGUGCUGGUACUGGUGUUGGAGCAGGAGGUGGAGGUGGUGGUGGAGGGGGUGGAGGAGGUGGUGGCGGAGAAGGUGGUGGUGCCAAUGGAGGUUCUGGUCACGGAAGUGGAUCCGGUGCUGGUACUGGUGUUGGAGCAGGAGGUGGAGGUGGUGGUGGAGGGGGUGGAGGAGGUGGUGGCGGAGAAGGUGGUGGUGCCAAUGGAGGUUCUGGUCACGGAAGUGGAUCCGGUGCUGGUACUGGUGUUGGAGCAGGAGGUGGAGGUGGUGGUGGAGGGGGUGGAGGAGGUGGUGGCGGAGAAGGUGGUGGUGCCAAUGGAGGUUCUGGUCACGGAAGUGGAUCCGGUGCUGGUACUGGUGUUGGAGCAGGAGGUGGAGGUGGUGGUGGAGGGGGUGGAGGAGGUGGUGGCGGAGAAGGUGGUGGUGCCAAUGGAGGUUCUGGUCACGGAAGUGGAUCCGGUGCUGGUACUGGUGUUGGAGAAGGAGGUGGAGGUGGUGGUGGAGGGGGUGGAGGAGGUGGUGGCGGAGAAGGUGGUGGUGCCAAUGGAGGAUCCGGUCAUGGAAGUGGAUCAGGGGCUGGUGCUGGUGUUGGAGUUGGAGUUGGAGGAGCAGGAGGAGGUGGAGGUGGUGGUGGCGGAGAAGGUGGUGGUGCCAAUGGAGGAUCCGGUCAUGGAAGUGGAUCAGGGGCUGGUGCUGGUGUUGGAGUUGGAGGAGCAGGAGGAGGUGGAGGUGGUGGUGGCGGAGAAGGUGGUGGUGCCAAUGGAGGAUCCGGUCAUGGAAGUGGAUCAGGGGCUGGUGCUGGUGUUGGAGUUGGAGGAGCAGGAGGAGGUGGAGGUGGUGGUGGCGGAGAAGGUGGUGGUGCCAAUGGAGGUUCUGGUCACGGAAGCGGAUCCGGUGCUGGUACUGGUGUUGGAGCAGGAGGUGGAGCAGGUGGAGGUGGUGGUGGAGGAGGUGCUGGUUCCGGCAAUGGAUAUGGUUACGGUAGUGGUUAUGGUGCUGGUUUUGGGAUGGGUAAAGGUAGUGGUAGUGGAGGAGGUGGCGGUGGUGGUGGUGGAGGUAGCGGUGGAGGAAGUGGAAGUGGAAGAGGAGAGGGAUAUGGGACGGGAGAAGGAACCGGUACAAGCAAUGGAGGAGGAGUAGGAGUAGGUUUUGGAAUGGGCAUUGGCUUUGGUAUUGGCAUUGGAGGAGGAAAUGGCGGUGGUGCCACUUAUCAAACCAAUAUCAAUGGAGAUAAAAAUUCUCCUUAAGGAAUAUGGAGGCGAUAGAUAUCUAUCUCACUUUCAGUUCCAUUUGAUAAGGAUUUUCGUUUUAAUUUUUGAUUUUUAGUUAUUUUAUGUACUAAUCUCAUCGAUAAAAUCAUGUACGAUGAAUUCAUUUUCCAACAUAAUAAAAUUACAGGACUUUGUUUUUACUAGGUAAAACGUACGUACGCCAUGCAGUAUG